GGGCUCUGACAAAAUGCACGAAACUACGAAAGGGUAAACAAGUAAUUGCAGGAACUCCAGUUGUUUCACGUCGGUUUGAUUUGUUGAUUCUUGUCUUCUUCGCCACUGUUCUUGACUCGUGUUUAAAACCUCUCAUCUUCUCUCCUUCCCAAAAUAAAAACAGACCAAACGUCUCUAAUCCUCAUAGCCUUUAAGAGAUCUAGAGAGAGAGAGAGAUGAGAGACCCGUCGAUGGAGAGAGAGAAUGGAGCAUCGGAUUCAACGGCGGCGACAACAACAACAACGACCACGACAGAGAUAGCUUCUCCUCCUCCAAUGAAUUCACCGCGUCAAGCGUUGGUUGAGAGACUUAAAGAUUAUGGACAAGAAGAUGUUUUCGCUCUUUGGGACGAGCUCUCACCCGAAGAACGAGAGUUCCUCGUCAGAGACAUUGAGAGUUUGGAUCUUCCAAGAAUAGAUCGGAUCAUCAGAUGCUCGCUUCACUCUCAAGGUUUGCCUGUGGCGGCAAUAGAACCAGUGCCGGAGAAUUGGGUCUCGACGGUUGAUGGAAGAACAAUGGAAGACAGAGAGAAGUGGUGGAAAAUGGGAUUGAAGACUAUCUAUGAAGGCAAACUAGGAGUGGUACUUUUGUCUGGUGGACAGGGAACAAGACUUGGAAUUUCAGACCCAAAAGGAUGUUUCAAUAUCGGACUUCCAUCAGGGAAGUCGCUCUUCCAGAUUCAGGCAGAGAGAAUCUUGUGUAUCCAAAGACUUGCUGCUCAAGUAGUGGGUGAAGGUCCAACACGCCCAGUUACAAUACACUGGUAUAUCAUGACUAGUCCAUUUACUGAUGAAGCGACACGGAAAUAUUUUUCGAGUCACAAGUACUUUGGCCUUGAACCAGAUCAAAUAAGUUUUUUCCAACAAGGUACUUUGCCUUGCAUUUCAAAGGAUGGGAAGUUUAUCAUGGAGACACCUUUCAGUCUAGCUAAAGCUCCAGAUGGUAACGGGGGAGUCUAUGGAGCUCUAAAGUCUUCAAGGUUGUUAGAGGAUAUGGCUUCAAGGGGAAUUAAAUAUGUGGAUUGCUAUGGUGUUGACAAUGUCAUGGUCCGAGUUGCUGAUCCUACUUUUUUGGGGUACUUUAUUGACAAAGGUGCUGCUUCGGCUGCAAAAGUCGUGCGUAAGGCAUAUCCUCAAGAACAGGUUGGAGUAUUUGUUAGAAGAGGAAAAGGUGGACCCUUGACUGUAGUUGAGUACAGUGAGCUAGAUCAGUCAAUGGCUUCUGCAAUUAAUCAACGAACAGGACGUCUUCAAUAUUGCUGGAGCAAUGUGUGCUUGCACAUGUUCACCUUAGAUUUCAUUAAUCAAGUUGCGACGGGCCUAGAGAAAGACAGCGUCUACCAUUUGGCGGAGAAGAAGAUACCGUCUAUGAAUGGAUACACAAUGGGACUGAAACUAGAACAAUUCAUUUUUGAUUCAUUUCUGUAUGCUCCUUCAACCGCACUCUUUGAGGUUUUAAGAGAAGAAGAGUUUGCACCAGUGAAGAAUGUAAAUGGGUCAAAUUUCGAUACACCGGAAAGUGCGAGGCUUUCGGUUCUAAGGCUACACACACGUUGGGUUAUAGCAGCUGGUGGAUUUUUAACACAUUCUGUCCCUUUAUAUGCAACUGGUGUUGAGGUUUCACCUUUGUGCUCGUACGCUGGAGAAAAUCUUGAAGCUAUUUGUCGUGGAAGAACGUUUCAUGCACCUUGUGAAAUCUCCCUCUAA